AUGGAGAGGUGUUUUGGUAUCCUUCAAGCCCGGUGGGCAAUUAUCAGGGGAGCGGCACAUCUAUUUGAUGAGGAGGUGCUUAGGAGUAUAAUGAUGACUUGUAUCAUCCUCCACAACAUGAUUGUGGAAGAUGAGUAUGAUUACGAUGCUAAUGAAGUGUAUGAACUAGAUCGCAUGAACAUGGCCUUAACACGAAUUUAUGAAAAACCUAUGGGGCCAAAUAGAGAACCAGUGCAGCAUGAUCCGUUAGUUAGAGACGGUAGUUUCAUGCAUUGGAUGAUUGAGCGCUACACGGAGAUGCAAUUGUCAUGUAUUCAUGAACACCGUCAAAUGGACUUGAUGGAGCAUUUGUGGGCGGUGAAAGGCAAUGAAGGACAAUAA